AUCAUAGCAACCAGCAUGGCGACGGGGAAGCUUUGCUCCGCCGCUCAUCUGUUUAUAAGCUAGUAUUAUAAGCUAGUAUUAGCUGUUACCUUCGCGUUACUGGAUUAUUAUUCAGCGCAAAAAUGUUUGUAGUAACAUACACUGUAGUUUCUGGUUGUAUCCAGGCUCUGCCGUCGCUGCCCCAGAAUAUUUCUGAGGAAGAUGGGAUACGCUGAGUGUAACAUUACCAUGGACUCGAGAACAGGAAGUGUAUCAUCUGGUUUGGGGUACAGCCCUGGUGUGAGAGGACAGACUUCUAAAAGUAGCCCUUUCUGCCCUCGCUCCUCCAGCAAGUUAACACAGUCCAUUGUAAAAGAUCACAUGGUGUCUCAUUACAAAAAGGUUUACUCCGCUAAAGCUGCCAUUGAUGCCUCAGUACCCAAAAGCAUGAUACAUAGUGUAAAGUACAAUGACUCGAUCAGAGAGAAGCAGUUAAAGAAAGGGGGUCGACCUCAGUCAGCCCACUCUCAGUCACAGAGGACCAGCAGAGCCUCCUGCUCCUCGGCCCAGAGCAGAUUAUCUGUGCAGUAUGAUGACAGCCCGUACCUCUGCUCAAGAAGUUCUUCAGUCUCCAGCCCAAGGUUCAGCUCCUCCUUCCAUGCCAAGGAGAUAGUUUAUCCAUCAUAUAAAGUCAGUUCUCAGAACCAUUCUUAUCACAUCCGCCCAGCAUCAGAAAUCAAGUACCGUAGCCCAGAGGCCACUUCACACAGGAAGCAGUCCUUGUGUUCACUGGGAGCUUCUGGAGAUGAUGGUUCCUACAAGACUUUCCAGGACCCGGUUCAGAAAACGUACAGCGGAGACCUGCUCCAGAAACAUUCAAAGCACUUUACCCAAGACAAACCUUUCACCCCUAAGACCCUGAAAUCAGAGAAGAGUUCAUACCUGUCACAAUACCGCUACUACAGAGCGCCACGGAGGAAACCUACUCAGGACUGCACCAACUCCAAAUUGACGCGUCAGGAGACAUAUCAUGGAAGCACAAACACCAAGGACUACACACAGGACUUGUAUGAGCCAUCUCAGGGAUUUAAUACAGAGCACGAGUGGUCUGAAGAUGAGCUCAAUGGCACAUAUUUCUCAGCAUCUAGACAACAGAGUCGAGCAAACAAGAGCAGGGACCAUCAUUUCUUAGACUCCUUUUCAAGGGUCUCGCCAGGAGGUGGGAAAUCUCCCUUUAUGAAGAAUGUAUCUGCAGAGGAAGAAGAACUAAUGUACCUCGAAUUCAUUUCUGCUGUAACAGAAGACAUAUUGUCCCGGGGGCACAUCUCUGACAGGUUCCUAGACCGGGUGAUAGAGCGCCAUAUCGACAUGAAUCGGCAUCGGCUUGAUAUGGGUAAAAUGCGCCACCUACUGGAAGUGCUGCGUAGAGAUUUUGAAGAGCCGAUCAACGCAUCCACCUCCAGCACAGAGCUUGAAAAAAAGGAGAGCGAUCUACUUGAUUCAUUCCCACCUCCUCUGGAAUCAGACGGGGAACAAGUGAUGACCAGAAAGGACAAUGACCUCUUCCCUUACGCGUCACUGAUUAAAUACUGUGAUUCGCCAGAUUACGCUGGUCCCCUGUUGGUGUCUACACCCGUACACUCCCCUGAAACAACCACUGCCUCACCAACUCAAACAAACGAAAAGGACGGAGAAGAUGACAAUCAGGAAGCGGGCAUUAGCUCUCCUCAGCUCGGUGAGCUUGGUUCUAAUUAUACAGGAAUCAGUGAAGAGGACACCACAGAGACAAGCAAAGAAGUCAGCAAUGAGAACCAUGAAUACACCUCCAGUGACAAGGAGAUCCAUCAAGACCAAGCUGAAGUCAGUGAUGACGGACAAUCUAAAGAGGUUGAGGAUCUUGGAAAAAGUUUGUCAGAGUCGCUUCAUGUGUCCAGUGACACACACUACAACGAUGUGGAAGCUGCAACUGAGCAACAUACAAAUACUGUUGCCUCUGGCAGCGAUGACGAGUUCUGAGAUUUGUUGUAUUCAGGGUUUUUUUUAGUGGUUUUGGAAGUAAGAUAGUGUUUUCUACAGAGAGAAAUGUAACCUAAAAGUAUAGCUUUGCUUGUGUGAUUUUACACCGGUUGUGUUUUUUCAUGUUUUUACAACCAGUAUGGUGUUGUAGCUCUGUUUUGUUUUCAUCUAUUUACAAAAGCACAAUGAAAAUUUCACAUAAGCAAACAGGGUUUGGCAAGUAAUGCUCUAAAUAUUUUCUCUUUUUUUUGCCCCAUGGUUACUAGUAUGCGUAGCAAAAAGUAUUAUAGCACAAUGCACACACUUGAAAAAAAAAAACAAGACAAAUUUACAAGAUAAUAUUAUUGCAAA